GCAGAGCAUUUCUCUCUUCCUUAACUAAGUAUAGUAAACGGCGGCUGAGCCGAUUGCAACGAUGGAACUCCUCUUUCCGGCCGAUUCUCCGCCGCUCCAUGUCAUCGCCGCCACAAAAAUAUCAGGAAUUUCUCUCGUCACCAAACCAACUCUGGAUUCUGGAUCCCCGCCCACUCUUGCCCUUGCCAGCGGGCAGAGGCUGCAUGGUGCUCUUGUGAUUCUGAGAUAUAUUGGUAGGAUAGCAAACCUGCCUGGUUUCUAUGGACGGGAUGCUUACGAGUCAAGUCAGAUUGAUCAAUGGCUUGAUUAUGCGCUUCUAUUUGGGUCUGGAUCUGAAUUUGAGGGUGCAUGCCGUUUUGUGGAUGAGUAUUUACUGCAAAAUACUUUUCUAGUGGGUAAUAGCCUGUCGAUUGCAGAUGUUGCUGUGUGGACUGGUCUCGCAGGUGCUGGAACGAGAUGGGAUAGUCUAAGGAAAUCUAAGAAAUACCAAAACCUGGUUCGCUGGUUCAACUCAAUAUCUACUGAAUAUGAUGCUGUGUUGAGUGAAUUUGUUGCAACAUAUGUCGGGAAAAAAGGCCCUGCCAAGGCAGCUUCACUGGAGAAUGGUGUCCAUGCGAAUGAAACCUUUGAGGUAGAUCUUCCUCAUGCCGUGGUUGGUAAAGUGAAGUUGCGUUUUGCACCAGAACCGAGUGGCUAUCUUCAUAUUGGCCACGCAAAAGCUGCACUCUUGAACCAGUAUUUCGCCGAACGGUACAAAGGGGAGGUGAUUAUAAGAUUUGAUGACACAAACCCCGAUAAGGAAAGUAACGAGUUUGUGGAUAAUCUUUUGAUAGAUAUUGCGACUUUGGGGAUUAGAUACACUGCUGUAACAUACACAUCAGACUACUUUCCCCAGCUCAUGGAAAUGGCCGAGAAGUUGAUCCGUGAGGGUAAGGCCUAUGUAGAUGAUACUCCACGUGAGAAAAUGAAGGUGGAAAGGAUGGAUGGCAUAGAGUCGAAGUCCAGGAAUAACAGUGUGGAGGAGAACUUGAAAUUGUGGAAGGAAAUGAUAAAUGGUUCGCCGAGGGGUUUGAUGUGUUGUGUGCGAGGUAAGUUGGACAUGCAUAAUCCAAACAAGACACUUAGGGAUCCUGUCUAUUACCGUUGCAACUUGACUCCUCACCAUAGGAUUGGAUCUAAAUAUAAGUUAUAUCCGACAUACGACUUUUGUUGUCCGUUUGUUGAUGCAUUUGAGGGUAUUACGCAUGCGCUGAGAUCAAGCGAGUACCAUGAUCGAAAUGAACAGUAUUACAGAAUUCAGACAGAUAUGGGUUUUAGGAAGGUCCAUUUGUACGAAUUUAGUCGGUUGAAUAUGGUUUAUACACUUUUGAGUAAGCGCAAGUUGCUGUGGUUUGUUCUAAAUGGAAUAGUUGAUAGCUGGGAUGAUGCUCGUUUUCCUACUGUCCAAGGUAUAGUUCGAAGGGGUCUGAAGAUUGAAGCAUUGAUACAGUUCAUUUUGGAACAAGGUGCAUCGAAGAAUCUCAAUCUUAUGGAGUGGGACAAGCUGUGGGCGAUCAACAAGAAGAUCAUAGAUCCUGUUUGCCCUAGGUAUACUGCUGUUAUUGAAGAAAAGCGGGUGUCGCUAAUUCUAACUGAUGGCCCAAAAGUUCCCUUCGUUCGCAUUUUGGCGAAACACAAGAAAUUCGAAGGUGCUGGAGAGAAAGCUGUUACGUACUCGAAUAAAUUAUGGAUAGAUUAUGCCGAUGCUGAAUCGAUCUCGGUGAAUGAAGAAGUGACUUUAAAGGAUUGGGGUAAUGCGAUUGUGAAAGAAAUCAAGAAGGACGAAAAUGGUAUUGUUACCGAACUUGUAGGAGUUUUGCAUCUCGAAGGAAAUGUUAAGAAUACAAAGCUGAAGCUCACUUGGCUGGCGGAUUCCAGUGAGCUUGUUAAACUGUCCCUUGUCGACUUUGAUUAUCUUAUUACAAAGAAGAAGUUGGAUGAGGAUGAAGAUUUCGUUCCUUUUGUGAAUCCGUGUACUAGAACAGAGACAUUAGCAGUGGGGGAAUCUGAUAUGCGGAAUUUAAACCGUGGAGAUGUAAUACAGCUGGAGAGGAAAGGUUAUUACAGAUGUGAUGCUCCUUUCAUUCGACCUUCGAAGCCCGUAGUACUGUAUGCAAUUCCAGAUGGCAAACAUCAAACUGUAGGGAAGUAAGAAAAAACACCUACUCUUCUUAUUAUGUUUUAUCUACAUCUCCCUUUUCUCUCGACUUUGGUUGGUUGUUAACAGUAUAAUGUUUUUUCUUUUCUCGGUCUUGUGCCAAGUUUACUUUUUCCGGUGUCUGCGUAAAGCAGUGUGUUAGGCGUAUACUUUUGAAUCUGCUUUGUUUGCAAGUUAAUGGGGUUGUUGCUUUUUGAGUAUGUGACAAAGAAAGGAUUUCUACUUGACUCUGUGAAGCAAUUAAUCGAAAGGAAUUAUGGUGUUUAGGACUUUCA